AUGGUUUUGCUCAAAUUCACAACCACGGACGGCAAAGUUCUUGGAUCGGUUAAUUGGUUCGCAGUACAUUGCACAUCCAUGUAUAACAAUAAUACAUACAUAUCGGAUGAUAAUAAAGGAUAUGCAGGCUAUCUGAUGGAAAAGACUUUCAACGGUCCAGAUACUCUUCCAGGAACGGGAUCAGUCCACGCAUUUGCACAAAGUAAUAUGGGUGACGUUAGUCCGAACACGCUAGGUGCGUUUUGUGAGGAUACAGGAGAACCUUGUGAUUACCAAACUAGUACUUGCAACGGGAAAAAUGAACUAUGCCAAGGCCGUGGUCCCGGAUGGCUCACCAGCGACUUUGAAUCUACACGCCUAAUUGGUGAGCGUCAGGCGCAAAAGGCGAUGGAACUGCUCGACAGUGCUACGACGCCCGUCAUCGGUUCAGUAGACUACAGACAUCAAUUUAUCAAUAUGCCUGAAUACUCUUUCAAACUGAAUGGCGAGAAUGUCACGCUGUGCAAAGCAGCAAUGGGAUACAGCUUUGCUGCAGGAACAACUGAUGGUCCAGGUGCUUUUGAUUUCAAGCAGGGCGAUAACUUGACUGGAAAUCCGUUCUGGGACUUCGUUCGUGGGGCCAUCAAAAAGCCUUCGGCUGAGCUUAUCGAGUGUCAAAAACCUAAACCGGUUCUUUUGGCUACGGGAGAAACGACUUUUCCGUAUGCGUGGGGGCCAGCUAUCGCAGAUGUGCAGGUACUCAAAAUAGGAAACUUUGUUAUUCUUGCUGUGCCCGGAGAGUUUACCACUAUGGCUGGACGACGACUUC